AUGACUGAAAAUAAGAAUGUAGGAAUUGAUGGUGGGCUAGAAGGGGUCUUAGGUGGGGGUCUGAAAGGAGUCAUCUUAGGUGGCGGUGGAGAAGGAGGUGUAGUAGGAAUUGAUGGUGGUGUCAUUGGAGUUGAUGGUGGAGUAUACGGUGUCGUAGGUGGGGGUGGUGAAGGUGGUGGACUGGAAGGAGCUAUAAUAGGAGCGGGUCCAGAAGGAGCUAUCACAUGUGGUAGUAUGGAAGGAGGUGUUGAAGGUAGUGGUUUCAAAGGAUCAACCAUGGGAGGUGCUGUUGAAGGAGCUAUUAUAGUUGGUGGGGUGGAAGGAGGUGUCGAAAGUGGUGGUGUGGAAGGAUCAACCAUGGGUCGUGGUGUCAAAGGAGCUACCAUAAUUGGUGGUGCGGAAGGAGGUCGUGUGGAAGGAUCAACCACAGGUGGUGGUGUCGAAGGAGCAACCAUAGUUGGUGGGGUGGAAGGAGGUGUCGAAGUUGGUGGUGUGGAAGGAUCAACCAUGGGUGGUUGUGUCGUAGGAGCAACCAUAGUUGGUGGUGUGGAAAGGGGUGUUGAAGAUGGUGGUGUGGAAGGAUCAACCACGGGUGGUGGUGUUGAAGGAGCUACCAUAAUUGGUGGUGUGGAAGGAGGUGUUGAAGGAUCAACUGUAACACCCUAUUUAUAUUAA